AUGUUAGAUCCUUUCUUUCCUCCGCCACCCUGGCUUCAGGACCUAGUGACCCCGUGGGCGGCCUCGUUGCAUCUCCAUUCUCUACCCUACCAUAUCCACGAAGUUAUCCUCGCCUUCGUGUUCUAUCAGCUAAUCCAUUCUUAUGUCUCGCCAUGGCUGUCUAAAAGACUAUUCCCCCGACAGUAUACCCAGUUGCCAAAACGCACGCAGCUCAACUGGGAUAUCCAUGUCGUCUCGUUUGUUCAGAGUGUCCUGGUGAACGUAGCGGCGCUGUGGGUCAUCUUUGCAGACCGCGAGAGAAGCAUCAUGAACAUCGACGAGCGUGUCCACGGAUAUACCGGUGCCGGUGGCCUCGUGCAGGCUCUGGCAACUGGCUAUUUUAUUUACGACCUGAUUGUCAGUGUUGUGCAUCUGAAGUUGUUUGGCAUCGGCAUGCUUUUCCACGCCAUUAGCGCUCUGUGCGUCUUCAGUCUCGGAUUUAGACCGUUCGUUAAUUUUUAUGCACCGACCUUCAUUCUCUACGAGUUGUCCAGCCCGUUCCUCAAUAUUCACUGGUUUCUAGACAAGCUCAACAUGACCGGCAGCAAUCUGCAGUGGUAUAACGGAAUGCUGCUUCUAGGCGUGUUUUUCUCCUGCCGUAUAAUAUGGGGUACUUGGCAAUCGAUCGUUGUUUACGGAGACAUGUGGCAUGCACUCAUGCAAAGUCGUUCGACAACCCAUUCGCCGUUCCUAGAUGGAGUCCCGACCAAUGCGCCUGUCUUCAAACUCGGCAAGGGCGCAGCCCUAUGCGUCAACGAAGACUGCAUCCAGGCAAAUGCAGAAAUUGCGAAAUUUGCUCACCAUUUCACCGACACCCCGCUCCCUCAAUGGCUGCCAAUUGUGUAUGUUUCUGCCAACUUGAUUCUGAAUACUCUCAACUAUUACUGGUUUUCGCAAAUGAUCGAUGCCGUGUUGAAGAGGUUCCGGAAACCAGCUCCUUCUGGUGCUGCCCCUGGUAAGAAGCCAGGCGAGAUCCUGCCGCCCCAUGAAGCGGAUAAGGUUGCAGCCAUUCGCCGUGAAAGACACGAUUAUAUAUUGGAUGCUGCUGAAAAAUUGAAACAAGAACAAGGGUACUUCGAGACUGGGGACGGAGCGGAGCUAGCGGUGCCAGCGACAGGUGUUGAUGCUACUGGAGCGGAAGCGGGAGAUUUGUUGAGAGAACGGAAGACAGCUGCUCCAUCAUGA